AGGGAGCCGCCAUGUGGGGCAGAUUGUUAUGACUGCAGCGGCCCAACACCUGACACCAUUGACUCUGGAGCUGGGGGGCAAAAAUCCCUGCUACGUGGAUAAGUGCUGCAAUUUCCAGAAUGCAGCCAACCGGAUAGUGUGGGGAAAGUUCUUAAAUGCUGGCCAGACGUGCAUUGCACCCGACUACGUGAUCUGUACCAUUGAAACACAGGAGAGGCUGAUGCCUUGCCUGCGCCAGGCCAUCCGUGAGUUCUAUGGCUGCAACCCCCGUGAAUCACCAGACUUUGGCCGCUUAGUCAAUGAUAAGCAUUUCCGGCGUGUCCGAGCAUUGAUGGAGUGUGGACGAGUGACCAUGGGUGGCGAGACAGAUGAAUGUGACCGUUACAUUGCCCCGACAGUGCUGGCUGAUGUGAAGGAGUGGGAGCCAGUCAUGCAGGAGGAGGUCUUUGGGCCCAUCUUACCCAUCUUCACUGUGGCUGACUUGGAUGAGGCCAUCCGGUUCAUCAACUGCAGGGAACGCCCAUUGGCUGCCUAUGCUUUCUCCUGUGACUCCAAGGUUGUGAAUCGAGUAUUGGCUUGCACCAGCAGUGGUGGUUUUUGUGGCAACGAUACCUUGAUGCACACAACAUUGACCUCCUUACCAUUUGGAGGCAUUGGUAUGACUAUCCCACAGCUAUCUCCGUCCCCUUCUUUUGCAUUAAUCCUUCCUUCCAGUCUAUGAGACUGGAUAAGCUUUCUGUUUCUUAGGACUUUAUCACACUACCCC